GUUUGGAUCACCUGUUUCAGGUGACGUUUCAAUUUACCUUCAACUCUAAAAGAGUGAACAUUUAAAGUAAAUUGGACCUGACACGCUCUUUACAGCACAAAUUGGGAAAGUCAGUCAAUAAAAAUUGUCUGUAAAAGCCCGUGUGGCAUUUCGCGAGUUUUAUAUUUACCCUGAGGAUGAAGUGUGCACCUGUGUGAUUAUCCUAAACUUCGGGAGAUCCGUGAAGUAGGAAGCUGGAGUGGAUUGAAGUCAGACUAAGUUGCACGUGGCACUCGGUGAUGCCAGGAUGUUGGGAACGACGUCACUCAAAGCCAGUCACCAUGGAAACACCAGAAUUGCCCCUAGAGGAAGUGAUGAAGAUGGGGAAGAGAGGCGAACGUGUGUUGUUGAUAUGAACCCCCAAAUCGGUCUGCACCCACAGUCCUGCUUCCGAGACAGAAACUCCCAACUACAUGAUGAUUUAAGAGACAUCUUUAAUGACUGGUCAUCCAUUGGGGACUUAAGCCAAGAUGCUUCCUUUUACCAUGAUGGUUGUGCUAAAUUGGAGAGGAGAUGGAUGCUAUGGUAUGAGUUCAUGAAAGAACAUUCCUGCUUGGAUGACUGGCUUCGAUCAGCCGAAAAACUAGCAGCAUCCCCUAACUCCAGUCAUGUGCUGUAUGAUGUAGCAAAAGAGGAGUUACAGAAGUAUGAGAGCCUCCGUACUGAAGCCAGGAUACGUCUGUCCCAGCUGGAUGGCCUGAGCCAGAAGAGCCGAACUUUGGUUGGCCUGUUCAGAGGUUCUAUGGGUGCACGAUUGGUGGAGAUGACCAAGGAUUGUGGACAGCGCUGGGACCAGCUUAGCAACGUAGUGGACACAGUCUGUCGGCGGUUGAAGCAUUUUGUGCAUCAGCGGGAGGAUUUUGAGAGGCAGAGGGAAGAGAUGGCUGUGUGGCUGACUGAUAUGGACCUCCGGUUGACUGAAGUUGAGCACUUCUCAGGCAAAGAUACCUGCUCUAAGAUGCACCAGCUUCAGGGAUUUCAGGAAGCAGUUGGGGAGAGCGCAGGCCGACUGAAUGAUUUGCUUCAGCGUGGAGAAGAGCUGAUCCAAAGGAGCGAGCCGGCCGAUGCCCAGGCCAUCGAGAACCAGCUGCAGGAACUUCUACUCCACUGUACCCGCGUCUUUCAGGGCCUGGGCCACCUACAUACACGCCUGCUCAGCAUGAGACUGGUCUUUGAGGACGACUGGGCUCUGUGUGCCCCCGACUCCGGCUGUCCCUCUGAAAGUAUGCUGGAGGAUGAGUGUUUUGUAGAUUCCACCUCUGCACGUCAGUCUCAGUCCUGCCUCCUUCAGUCCAGUCACGAUCAUCUGGUUCUCGAGUGGGAUCCUUCAGUGGACAUUGGCGGUUCCCAUGACGACACAGACUCCUCCUCCUUCAGCGCAACUGCAGGUGUAUCUUGCACAGAGGAACCAGACAGAUAUCCGCUGAGGAGAAGGGUCUGCGUGACACAUGUGGGCUCGCCACCAGACAAUGCAACUGUCAGUGUUAAACACCAUGGCACGGAGAAGAGCUUAGAGCAUUCGGCUCCACCCCAGACCCCGGUGCCAGUCAUCAGAGCUUGUAAGCCCCAGUAUGCUGGAUCAUUUAAAACAUCCACACCUGAAACUAGGUCUUCUGAUCCAGUGACCUUUGACCCGGAGCGCAUCAGUGCCUGGCUGGGCCAGGCGCAUCAACUAUGUACCAAAGCUGUUCAAACAGAGCAUACACAACAGGCAUGCUCCAGUUUUCCGUCUGGAAAAAAGGAGGAGGGAGUGAAGUAUCAUGAGGACUCGGUCCCCCAGAGGCACCCCCACCCAAACACGUGCUCCUAUCCCCGCCCGUCUGUGACAUCAUGUGACAUCCAGCAUCACUCUUACAGACAUCACGAAGACCCACAGAGGCUGCAGGAGAGACUUUGUUUCUCCGAGUCAUUGGAGGACAACAGCUGCACAAAGUCGAAUCGUGACCCGUGUGGACUGAAGAGCCCUGCUGGCAGUUCAUGGCCUAGUGGCCCAUGGCCAUUGGGGCCCCUUAAGCUUUUUAAAGUGCGAAAGGCCUUAGCAUCACUUUUUGUCAUCCUGUUUGCCCUCCUGCUUGCUGUGGUGGUCUGGCCCCUCCUUUCACUCCAUAGCAACCCAUGCCAUCGUUCCAAUACUCUAACCCGGUCAUUUCAUCUGGCCCUACAUUACAACGGCCCACCUCCUACCUGAUGAUGCAGAAUGCAGUACUGUAACAGCAGUGAGUUUGGUGCAUGUGUGGCCAAUGCGGUAGAUUUAUUUGGUGUACUAUGAAGUCAUCAAUCAUUUCUAUGAAACCACAUCUCACCCAGAGGUGUGGUGUGGUGUGGUGGAGUUGAGUUAAGGAAAAGCUUUGUUAUCUGUUUUGUUGAACAGUGUUGCAUAAGGAAUUAUACAGGGGUAUCCUUUUAAAGGCCUAAAAAAGUUGAACUCGAGGUAAUCACAGGCCAAGAGUUUAAACUAUAUGAGAAAGUGCACUUAAAGGGAUGGUUUACCCAGAAAUUAAAAUUCAUAAUUUACUCACUAUCAUGUUGUUACAAACCUGUAUAAAUUUCUUUGUUUUGAUAAACACGAAGGAAGAGAAAUGUUUUUACAAACCGUUCAUGAGCCCUACUGACUUCGAUAGUAUUCUUUUUCCUACAAUAGCAGUGAAUGGGACUCAAAAUUGGUCCUCAAAAUAUUUUCCAUCGUGUCAUAAGAAAAAAUAAAUGUAUACAGGUUUGUAACGACAUGAGAAUGAGAAAAUUAUCACAGUAUUUUCUUAAUGUAAACCAUACCUUUAAUUCCUUAAGUCCAAAAAAUGCCUUGUCAAAUAUGUUUACUUGAAUUUUCUAUAUAAAUAUGUUUGUGCAUGUUUCAGACUGACUGAUAUAUUUGCACAGUUAUAUGUUAAUGGUUGUUGACACUUUAUAGAUUUAUUAUGGAAGCAAAUAAAAUCAUUUAAAGUGCAGAUGACUUGUAAAUAAAAAAAAUUGCUUUUGUAUUUAUGUAUUCAAGAAAAAAAUGUCUACACCUGCAGUUGCUUUAAAAACUGCUGUUCAAAAACUGCAUAAAAUAUUUUUUAUAAUGGAAAAAAAAAACUAAAAUGAUUGUAUAUUUCAUAACAGUCAGAUUACAAUGAUUUCAUAAUGAACGAAUGUAUUGAAUAUUGUAAUCACUGAACUUUUAAAAGAGGGCAUUCGGCACUUUGGAAAUGACAUCCGUUCAAUAAAUGACAGUUUUGCACUGUAAUGUAAUAUUUUAUGACUUCUAAAAUAAAAGAGAUGA